AUGCAUCUAGGGUGUAAGUUUAUUUAUGAGCUAAUUUACCAACUUAGAGUUGAAGGAACAUCUUGGUCCAUUAUAAACUUGAAUGACGAUAUUUUAUUUGACUUAUGCUCUGGGUCACUUGAGUUGCGUUUGAGUCAAAGGGCGGUUAAACCCCUUAUAGAGAUGGUGCUUAAAAAAAUGCCUGAAGCGACACCAGACAGAAUUGUAAAAGUUAUAUGUGGGUUUUCCAAUUAUUUUAAUGAUUUUAAAUUGACCAGCAACUCAGCUAUGUGGGUUUUUCUUAGGACAAAAAAAUCUGAAGAAAAAGACAUAGAUGCGUUAAGACUUGCUGCUAAUAACUCGCUAAAUAUGCUAGACUCUCGACAUGGCAAUAAGCAUAUAGCUUUUAGGACCGCUAUAGAAUAUGCUAAGGUUAUAGGUAUGACAAAGAUCAAUGAUUUUAAAGAUUUGACAACCCUUUCUAAGUUUAUGUUCAGUAUUUCUUCAACUGUAAGCGCGUUCACAUACCACGAUUAUCAAAUUGUCUCAAGAAAAAUGAUGGAUAUUAUGCGUACGAAGGAAAAUUGGCAUUCUUCAGUUUUUUCGCAAAUUCUCUGGAGCAUGUAUAUGGGUCGGUUUAUAAACAUAGAGAUAUUUGAAUUAAUAUCAUCGCAAGUGAUGAAUACUAUCCAUACUUUACCUACUGAUCAUCUGACACUAUGUAUAUUUCCUCUCAUACAUUUUUUUCCAUUGGAUAGGCAACUAAUGGUUUUAACAUUAGACUAUACUAAAGAUAUACUUCUUAGAAUAGGUGAUUGCAAUAAACACCAUAGGUUUUUUCAAGAUAUAGAAGUUCAAUUGGUUAGAAUAAUCUGGUCUAUUAUUAUCUCCGAUGUAUCUGAAUGCGAUGAAAAAUUCACAAAGGAUUUGCUUUGGUGUAUAUCUAACAUAAAUUGGGACAGGUUUCUAUUGCAUUGUAAAGUACAAGACAUUAGAAAAAUUAGUCAAAUAUGUACUAUGCUCGAGCUUGAUGUUUUCCGUGGGAAAUCAUUGGACGUGAAACUUACAUCUCUGUUUCCUUCACGAGUGUUGGAUGCAGUUGAGCAUGAUAAUGAGAUGUCACAAGAUAUAAAUCGAAUAUCGGUAUCCCAGGAUAGAGUUAGACGGGUCUUAGAUAAGCUUGGAGUGUUAUAUAGGAGCGAAUUUACCGUUUACAGAUCUAUAAUUGUAGAUUUUGCUGUAUCUAAGGACAAAAUUGAGUUCAAGCCUGACUUGCUCAUAGAAGUGGAUGGACCACAUCACUACAUUGUUCGUCACAGUUUUAACAAUCACUCAGACGAAGACUAUGAACUUAUAAGGAAUAGAAAGACAGCUACCAAGUAUAGGUUUGUUAUAAUACAUUUUUAUAUUUUAUUUAGGCUAUUAUCUCUUUUGGGAUUAAAUGUUGCAACAGUUCCUUGGAUAGAAGGAUACAGAGGCAAACUGGAUAAAUUUGUCGAAGAUAUUUUGAGAGACGGCAACGUUCCAUUCGGUUAA